UGCUCAUUGCUCAAUAAGAUCUUGAAUGAUGAAACGAAAAUAGCUACAGAGGCAAACAACAACAAAAGAUCACACAUGUCCAAUGUCAUACGGCUCAAACAUUUAAACUAAAUAAGACUAGAAAAUUUGACCUCCCUUGGGCCACACUACUAAGUGAAGUCACUAUUCACAAAACCUAUAACAAGAAACCUAAUAAAUGCAAAGCUAUUAAUAUUUGCCAAACAUUGUAUUCAAUGCCGUAGCUACAUUUCCCCACCCACCUCCUCAAUCACUCUUUUUCCCAUCUCUCUCUCUCGACGCCAAUCCCACAUGGCCCUAACCUCUUUCUUCACCAUCAAAUGUCAACCGCCGCCGCCGUCUUUCCUCCUCCGCCUCCUGUCCCUAUCCCUACCUAUAUAACUAGCCUCGGCCUUGGCUACUCCAUAGCCAUAGCUCUAGGUUUCCUCGUUCUUAUCUCCACAAUCAUCCUCUCUUCUUACAUCUGCUGCCGCGCCUCACGCCUUCGCUUCUCUGCCUCCGCCGCAACCGCUAACGCUAACGCAUCUUUUAGAGACCGUAGCGUAAUCGUCCCAAGAAUCAUAUUCGUAGCUGAAGACGACGAUCUUGAGUCUGGAAACGUCGUCGUUGGAGGACUUGAUCAUUCAAUCAUCAACUCUUACCCUAAAUUCCAUUUCACUAAAGAUAUCACCGCCGUCGUCGACGGAGAUGGAUUUCACGACGGAGAAAGAGGAGAUACGACGUGUUCGAUCUGUCUAUGUGAGUAUAUGGAAGAAGAGAUGUUAAGGAUGAUGCCUGAGUGUAAACACUACUUCCAUGUUUAUUGUCUUGACGCUUGGCUUAAGCUCAAUGGUUCUUGUCCCGUUUGCCGGAAUUCUCCACUUCCGACGCCGCAAUCUACGCCGCAGUCAACUCCUUUGUCGGAAGUUGUGCCGUUGUCUCAAUACGCCGCCGAUCGGAGGAGAUCCAGAAGAUAAAACAUUUCUUUUUUUUUGCUCCGUGGCAUUUAUUAUAAUAUCUUUUUUUCUUGGUAUUUUAUUGAUUUGCUUUACAUAUUCUUUGUCAUGUAUUUAAAAGUUUGUAUCAAACAAACAUAAAAAUUACUGUUUUUUUUUU